GGCAUGCAGAAACAUGGAAGGAAGUUAUAUUUUUACCAUCCUCACUAUUCUAGUGGUGAUGUUGUUCGAGGGAAUACUGACAGACACUAUGUAUAUGGUGUCAGAUCCAGAACCCAUAGCUCUUCCGAUAAACUUUGAGACUGUCCUGACGUGCGAGAUGAACAUAGAACCAGAUAAGUUCGAAUGGAAGUUUUAUCCUAGCGACGAUCCUUAUAAUCCCAAUGCUUUCAUUGAUCUGAGCAACUCCACAUUCCACUUGGUACCGGAAGGAAGGUACAAUAAACAACGAAAGAAAUCGGCGAUGAAGAUCCAGGUCAAUGGAGUUCAUAGUGCUGGAGAUUACCAGUGUCUCGCUUAUUACGGAGCUUACGUAGUAGCUUCGGUACCAUGGAGAAUAACCAUAGCAGUACUAAAAGAAUUUCCUCGACAGGAUAGUUCCGACGCGACCGUUUUAAUAGGAAACACAGUGUUGUGGCGGUGCUUAGUGCCAGAAUCAAAUCCGGAAGCGUCCAUAGAGUACUUCAAGAGAGGAGAACUCGUCAGUUCGCCAUAUCUGAAGCAUCAGUCCAAGUCGUUGGUGAUACCGAAUGCCAAGAUCGAGGACACGGGAAUAUAUAGUUGUAGAGCAAGUAAUACUAUGAAAAAUGUCAAUUCUAGUGUGUAUUUAAAUUUAAAAGUAGUUAAGUAUGCGUCUCCUAGACCACCCUAUUUUAUAAGUGAGCCGAAGAGGAGUUAUACCGUUUUAAAAGGUGAUUCAAUCCUACUAGAAUGUGCAGCAGUAGGCAACCCCAUACCAAAAGUAAUAUGGUUCAAGAAAAAUGGCCAACUUCCUUCAAGUCGUAUCGAAAUGCAAAAAGGAGGCCUUUUGAUCAACAACGUCAUAUCUUCGGACGAAGGCGUCUACAUAUGUAGCUAUAACAACACAUACGGGACGAUAUCUCAUCAAAUAUCUCUAAUAUACAACGAAGAACCAAGUAUAGACUGCCAGACAAAUAAAACCGAACCAAAACAAGGAGAGUUUUUGGACUUACAAUGUACGGUUCGAGGAAUACCUCCACCACAUUAUUCUUGGUUCCUAAAUGGAUUUUCCGUGUUGAACGAUAGUCUAAUCGACGUUCGAGGCAAUAGAAUAAACUUUACUAAGAUAGAGAAACGACAUGCUGGAAAUUUACAAUUCUUUGCGAGAAAUGUGGUUAAAACUGUUUAUAGUAGUAUGUUGAUCAGCGUGAUACCUUUGGGAUCAACAGAUACUUCGUUAGCUACAACAAGACCUCACAGAAAGCAUUCGUCAAGAAGGCCGCCGAAACGGCCCCAAAAACCCCCGAAGCUCAUACCUCCCGGCAAACCUGUAAUAUCGCGUCUAAACGACGUAUCUGUAGUGGUACGCUGGAACGUAUCACAAGACACAGGAUUGCCAAUUUCGUUCUUUAAAGUUCAGUAUAAGGAACUAGGACCUGCCAACCCGAAUGCUCAUAACGGUAGUAGUAGACCUGGAAGGUGGAAGACUGCCAACUUUGACAUACCGUAUAAUAUUAGGGAUUACGACAUUACCAAUUUGAAACCAGAUCAUAUCUAUAGAUUUAGGAUAGCCGCCGUUUAUACCAAUAAUGAUAACAAGUUAAGUGUCAAUUCUGAUAAGUUCCAUUUGAAGAAAUUAGACUUUGAUGUUAGGAAUCCUCUUCCUACGCCAAUAAUUAUAGAGACUGAAACUGUUAAUACCACAUCUGUUAAGAUACACUGGAAGUGCCAUAUGAUAGAAAACGUUUCAAUAGACGGUUUCUAUAUUAGCUUCAUAUCAGCUUCGACGGCAGGAGAUUAUAUGAAAGCUACAGCCGAUGGAAGGGAUACCAGGGAAUACAUAAUUACUCAUUUGCAGCCUGAUACUAUCUAUGACGUCAAGUUGCAGAGCUUUAAUUCGAAGUAUGCCAGUGAAUUUAGUGGAAUCAUGAAAGCUAGAACUGGAGCUCUUCAACAGUUGCCAACAACUACGACCCAAUUACCAAUGUCGCCAACUCCUAGAGUAGAAAAGUCCGAAUUUAGUUUGUAUGUGAUUGUAGCUGGUGCUGUGAUAGGAUGUGCCUUACUCGUCUGCGGCAUUACUCUUAUAUUCGUUUGCAGAAAAUGGAAACAGAAAAAAUUAGUAGACAACCGAAAUAAAGCAGUAGUAGAUGACCAUACGCUUCAACUGGAUGGCAAUGAGUACGUAGUAGUCAGUCCGAAAUCUCUACCGAAAUCGAACGGUUGUACCCCAAAUCGGAUCACCAUCACCGCUAAUCCGCUCGCUGAUGCGGACAACAAGAAUCAGAACAUGAUAGAGAUGUCUUGUUUGAGCGCGCACGCUCAAAAUAACAACUGCGCAAGUGCUGCCGUCAGACAAGAGUCCACUUCUAGCUCGGGAGCGCCUCCUGCAUCGGAAGAUCUGUCCACGUCAACGCCUGUCAACUCGAAAGAACACAAGAAGAAAAAGAACACUAAAGAAAAAAGUAGUAGUAGACAUAAAAAGACUACUUCGGUUGAGAAUGUCUCUUCAUCCGGGGAAAAUUACGUUUAA